GUGUGUGUGUGUAAAGAAGGAUAUUAAGACUUUGGAGGAGGCGGGUGGGGAGGAGAGAUUCUGAGAGAGGAAGAAAGAAAAAAGAGGAAAUGGAAAGAGAGAGGGAGAGUCAAGGGGAGAGGAGGGGGGAGCAGCUGCUUUGUAGCUGCUAAGACUGCAGACAGAAAUAGCACACAACCACCGUGAGCCGAUGCGAUUCAGAAGGCAGGACCAAAUUGUAUUCACUUUCAUUAAUCAGUUUCUCUGAGGGAAGGAAAUGACAUCUGGUCCUGUCUUCCUCUACAUCUUGAUUUUUGGAAAAUAUUUUGCUCCCGGGAGCGGGCAGGAUGUCUCAUGCGCCCUGGGCUACUUCCCGUGCGGCAACACCACCAAAUGCUUGCCUCAGCUGCUCCACUGUAAUGGCGUGGACGACUGUGGAAACCAGGAGGACGAGGACAACUGUGGUGACAACAAUGGAUGGUCUAUGCAACUUGACAAAUAUUUUGCCAAUUACUACAAAAUGACUUCCUGGUAUCCUUUUGUGGCAGAAACAUCUGAAUGCUUGGUCGGUUCUGUGCCCAUGCAAUGUCUUUGCCGAGGUUUAGAGCUUGAUUGUGAUGAGACCAAUUUACGAGCUGUUCCAUCAGUUUCUUCAAAUGUGACUUUAAUGUCACUCAAGUGGAACUUAAUAAGAAAACUUCCUCCUGAUGGCUUUAAGAAGUACCAUGAUCUUCAGAAGCUGUGCCUGCAAAACAAUAAGAUUAGAUCCGUAUCUGUCUAUGCUUUCCGAGGACUCUACAGUCUUACUAAACUGUAUCUCAGUCAUAACAGAAUAACCUUCUUGAAGCCGGGUGUUUUUGAAGAUCUCCACAGACUAGAGUGGCUGAUAAUUGAAGAGAAUCAUCUCAGUCGAAUUUCCCCACUAACAUUUUAUGGACUAAAUUCUCUUAUUCUCCUAGCACUGAUGAAUAACAUGCUUACCCGCUUGCCUGACAAACCUCUUUGUCAGCACAUGCCCAGGCUGCACUGGCUGGACUUUGAAGGCAACCAUAUCCAUAAUUUAAGGAAUUUGACUUUUAUUUCCUGCAGUAAUUUAACUGUUUUGGUAAUGAGGAAAAACAAAAUUAAUCACCUCAGUGAAAACGCGUUUGCACCGCUCCGGAAACUAGAUGAAUUGGAUUUAGGAAGUAAUAAGAUUGAAAAUCUUUCACCACUUGUCUUUAAGGAUCUGAAGGAGCUCUCACAGUUGAAUCUUUCCUAUAACCCAAUCCAGAAAAUUCAAGCAAACCAAUUUGAUUACCUUGUCAAACUCAAGUCUCUCAGCCUAGAAGGAAAUGAAAUUUCAAAUAUCCAACAAAGGAUGUUCAGACCUCUCACGAACCUCUCUCACAUCUAUUUUAAGAAGUUCCAGUACUGUGGCUAUGCACCGCAUGUUCGCAGCUGUAAACCAAACACUGAUGGAAUCUCAUCCUUAGAGGAUCUCUUGGCGAGCAUCAUUCAGAGAGUAUUCGUCUGGGUUGUGUCUGCAGUUACGUGCUUUGGAAACAUCUUUGUCAUCUGUAUGCGACCUUAUAUCAGAUCUGAGAACAAGCUGCAUGCCAUGUCGAUCAUUUCCCUCUGCUGUGCCGACUGCCUGAUGGGAAUCUAUUUGUUUGUGAUCGGAGCCUUUGACCUGAAGUUUCGAGGAGAAUACAACAAGCAUGCACAGCUGUGGAUGGAGAGUAUUCAUUGCCAGCUUCUGGGGUCCCUAGCCAUUCUGUCCACAGAAGUAUCAGUGUUACUUUUAACAUUUCUGACAGUGGAAAAAUAUAUCUGCAUUGUAUAUCCUUUCAGAUGUUUAAGACCUGGAAAAUGCAGAACCAUUACAGUUUUGAUUCUCAUUUGGAUUAUCGGUUUUAUCGUGGCUUUCAUUCCACUGAGCAAUAAAGAAUUUUUCAAAAACUACUACGGCACCAAUGGGGUAUGCUUCCCUCUUCAUUCAGAGGAUACAGAAAGUAUUGGAGCCCAGAUUUAUUCAGUGGCAAUUUUUCUCGGUAUUAACUUAGCAGCAUUUAUCAUCAUAGUUUUUUCAUAUGGAAGCAUGUUUUACAGCAUCCAUCAAAGUGCCAUAACAGCAACCAAAGUACGGAAUCAAGUUAGGAAAGAGAUGAUCCUUGCCAAACGUUUUUUCUUUAUUGUAUUUACCGAUGCAUUAUGCUGGAUACCCAUCUUUAUACUGAAAUUUCUGUCAUUGCUUCAGGUAGAAAUACCAGGUACCAUAACGUCUUGGGUAGUGAUUUUUAUUCUGCCUAUCAACAGUGCUUUGAACCCAAUUCUCUAUACGCUGACCACAAGACCAUUCAAAGAAAUGAUCCAUCAGUUUUGGUAUAACUACAGACAGAGAAGAUCUAUUGACAGCAAAGGAAGUCAGAAGACAUAUGCUCCAUCGUUCAUCUGGGUAGAAAUGUGGCCCCUGCAGGAGAUGCCUUCUGAGCUAAUGAAGCCAGCUCUUUUCACAGACCCCUGUGAAUUAUCACUCAUUUCUCAAUCAACUAGACUCAAUUCCUAUUCAUAACCGACUGAAACCUAUUUCUACACAGAGAAUAUUGUGGGAUGCUUUAUGAUGGAUUAGUAUAAAAUAAAUGCCACCAAAUAAUUUAUAAUAACGGCUACAAUAAAUUAGCUUACAUGGACAUGAGGUUAUUUGGGAAAAAAUCAAAAUGACUGAUGCCCAUGUAAAGGGAAAUAAAUUAUAUUGAUAAUGUGUAUAAACUGGUACAUAGUUUGGAUAGGAAACUAAGAGAAAUCUACUUCAAGGUUCAUUCAUUCUUUCACCAUGCAUUUAUUGAGUACCCACUAUGUGUAUGGCACUGCAGUAAAUUCCUGGGAGUAGACAGUAUAGAAGCUUUUCAAUUUGCAAUGUUAAGUUGUAUUUAACUACAAGAAUAUAAAAAGUCCAUCUGCAGCUCCUAGUUUAAGGUAGAGCUUUGUCUGUCUUGCUUACCAGCAAAAGUAAGAAUCACAGACACUUUUAAAUAAAGGUUCACGGUUUUGGAAUAAUCAGUAUACUAGCAUCAGAGAAAAUGUCUGAUUAUUAGCAAAGUACAGACAUUUUGUCUUAAGAACUCAUCUUACCUCUCUUCAAGUCUGUAUACUUGAGAGCCAAUAAACAUAUUUAUUACUAUGAAAAAAGAGCUCUGAUAUUAACCCAAAACAGCACCUCUCUGUCACUUCCUUCCCAGUUGUCUUUUUGCUUUAAAUGAGCACCAUUAUAUGAGAUCAUAAAAAGAGAAUAAAAGUAUGGCAAAGGAAUGAAUCAGAAAAGCUAGAACAAGGAUAGACAUUUAGAUCAGUGGAACAGAAGUGAGAGUCCAGAAAUAAAACCCUCAUAUUUAACAGUCAGUUGAUGUUCAACGAAGAUGCCAAGACAA